AUGAGCGGAACAUCGUUUCUUCGUCGCGUGUCGUUACACAGACUGCGCAAGUCGCUUUCGAGUCCUCGGGCAGAGGGGCCCCAGCCGGCAGCGGAUGAGACACCAAGCCAGGAGCCUCCCCUAAUACCAGAGACCCAGACCGUCCUCUUGUUGCACGGCGCACGGCAGCCCUACGAGCUGACGGACAGUCACCCGGUCCCGGAACUGCACCAUGACGGUGAGCUGCUGGUCCGGACCCAGGUCAUUGGGCUCAACCCGAUCGACUGGAAAGCGCCAGACUUCAAUUUCGGCAUCCCAGAACUACCCUACAUCGCGGGCCGCGAGCUGGCCGGCGAAGUAGUCCGCAAGCCAAGCCGAUCAUCGCGCCUCCAGGUGGGCGACAGAGUGCUCGUGAUCUCGACAGACUACCGCGACCUGCGCAAAGCGGCCUACCAGCAGUAUGUCGUGGCGCCCGACUACAACACGGUGCGGCUGCCGCCGACGCUGUCGUUCGAGGCGGGCGCGACGCUCGGCGUAGCCUUCGUCGCCGCCGCGCUCGCCCUCGGCGUGUGCAUGGGCGUCGACUUCUCGGGCGUGCUCGACGGGCCUGACCUCUACGCGCUCGUCCGGCAGAUCCCGCCCGACACGCUUGCCGCCGACAUCCGCGCCGAGUGCCUCGACAGCAUCCGCGCCGACGAGCGCGCCCAGCCAGGCGACUGGCUUGCCGUGUGGGGUGCCUCCUCAACCUCGGCAAACCUCGCCCUGCAACUCGCGGCCCUCGCCGGCCUGCGCACCCUCGCCGUCGCCGACACGGCCAAGCACGGCCUCACGCUCGCCGCCAACCUGCCCGCGCGCCUGCGCCCGCGCCUGCUGGUCGACAGCCACGAGCCGCGGCGGGCGGUGGCCGUGCUGCGGGCUAACACGUCCAAUAACAAAAAGCAGCUGCGGUUCGGGCUGGACACGCGCGGCGCCGAGUCGGCGGGGUGGUUGGCGCGGGCGCUGUCGCCUGGAGUGGCUGGAGGUGCGCCGCCGCCGUCGCCACCGGCCACGCCGCGGUCGUCGGCGCUGCUGUCGGCGCACCUGGUCGGGCUGACGGGCCUGCCGAAGCCGGGCGCGGGCGCGGUGCCCGAGGGCGUUGUUUGCCAUACCGUGCCGAUCAAGCUGUUCCACGAGGUGCCGGCGGUCGGGGAGGCGCUGGUCGCGUGGCUGGAGCGGCUGCUGGCCCGGGGCCUGGUGACGCCGCCGCCGAUCAUCGAUGUGGAGCAGGGGCUGGGGAGCGUCAAUCGGGGGCUGGAUCGGAUGCGGAAGGGGGAGAUCAGCGGGGGGAAGCUGGUUGUGAGGGUUGACUGA